CAUCAGAAAGAGAUAACAGCAGAUCGAGAGAAUGAGCUAGGGACCGGAGGGAAGGUAGGGGAUUCCAAACCGCGAUCUCCGAAACCAAUUUCUCAACGGUGACCGCCGGCCAUGGCGAUCGGAUUCAAGUUUUACGGUGAAUCGCAUACGAUUAUCUUUGAUUUGGACAAAGGGCUUUUCUGGGGUACCAAUUCCGAAGCUGCGCAACUCGAGCGUAAUGGUUUCGUAGCUUCUGAAAAAAUUGUGUGGGACUAUCUUACUGAGCACGGAGUUAACAGUAAGAUCAAAAGCGUGAAGCUUGUGGAGCCGAAAUUCCCCAAGAACAGAAUGGCGAAUGAUUGCUAUUCUUUACUCAGAAGAUUUACCGAGGCUGUGGUCGAGGAGAAUGUGGGUGCCGAAGACUAUCGCAACUUUCUGGUCAAGUAUUGUGGAGUUGAAAUUCACUAAUUCAGUACUAGCAGCUACUGUAUUUAGUCUUCAGAAUUCAAUAAUAUCUAUGUUUGAGU